AUGAGCGGCAGCAACUUGAAUGGGAACGACGAGUUUGAUGAACAGUUGCGAAUGCAAGAAUUGUAUGGAGACACCAAGGACGGCGACACCCAGAACGAUCCCAGCGGAGAAUCCAGUUCUUUAGGGCAGCAACCGGAGGACACCCCCUACGAGUGGGACCUGGACAAGAAGGCUUGGUUCCCCAAGAUCACUGAAGAUUUCAUUGCGACAUAUCAGGCCAAUUAUGGCUUCUCUAAUGAUGGCGCAUCUAGUUCCACUGCAAACGUACAAGAUGUUGAUAGUAGGACUGUAGAGGAACCUCCGCAAAGAAUACCCCCUGAACCUGCUGAUCCCAGAAAGAGGGGAGAAAAAAGAAAGAAUGAGUCAGGAUGGUUUAAUGUUGAAGAAGACAGAAAUACAAAUGUAUAUGUGUCUGGUUUGCCUCCAGACAUUACAGUGGAUGAAUUUAUACAGCUUAUGUCCAAGUUUGGCAUUAUUAUGAGAGAUCCUCAGACAGAAGAAUUUAAGGUCAAACUUUACAAAGAUAAUCAAGGAAAUCUUAAAGGAGAUGGGCUUUGCUGUUAUUUGAAGAGAGAAUCCGUGGAACUUGCAUUAAAACUUCUGGAUGAAGAUGAGAUCAGAGGCUACAAAUUACAUGUCGAAGUGGCAAAGUUUCAACUGAAGGGAGAAUAUGACGCCUCAAAGAAGAAGAAGAAAUGCAAAGACUAUAAGAAGAAGCUGUCCCUGCAACAAAAGCAGUUGGAUUGGAGACCUGAGAGGAGAGCAGGACCAUCCCGGAUGCGCCAUGAGCGUGUUGUCAUCAUCAAAAAUAUGUUUCAUCCUAUGGAUUUUGAGGAUGAUCCAUUGGUGUUGAAUGAGAUCAGAGAAGAUCUUCGAGUAGAGUGUUCAAAGUUCGGACAAAUUAAGAAGCUCCUUCUCUUUGAUCGGCACCCAGAUGGUGUGGCCUCCGUGUCCUUUAGGGAUCCAGACGAAGCUGAUUUAUGUAUUCAGACUCUCGAUGGAAGAUGGUUCGGAGGUCGGCAAAUCACUGCCCAAGCAUGGGAUGGGACUACAGAUUAUCAGGUGGAGGAGACCUCAAGAGAAAGGGAGGAAAGGCUGAGAGGAUGGGAGGCUUUCCUCAAUGCUCCCGAGGCCAAUAGAGGCCUUCAGCGUUCAAGUUCUGUCUGUGCUCCAGAAAGGGCAGGGCCUUCUAGGGUAAGGCAUUUUUCAGAGCACCCUGAUACAUCUACAAUGAAUGUUCAAGAAGCCUCAACUGGCAUGGCAUUUGAAGAACCUAUAGAAGAGAAGAAGUUCGCAAAGAUGGAAGAGGGAGGAGAAUUUGAAGAAGGCACUUCUGGAAAAGAUGCUAAAGAAGAUGGGCCAGAAAAUGAGGCUGAAGAAGGCUACCCUGAAAAAGAGAUCAAAGGAGGCAGUCCCAAUAGAGAGAUGGAAGAAGGUAGUCCUAAAAAGGAGCUUAAAGAGAAUGGCCCUGCAAGAGAAUCUAAAACAAAGAUUCUCAAAAAUGAUUAUGAAGAGAAUGGUCUUGCCAAAGAUUCUGAGGAAGAGGACGUCACCAAGGAGUUUGAAGAGGAGGAUAGCCCCAAGAAAGAGUCUGAAGAGGAAGACUCAGAGAAGGAGUCUGACUGCUCUGAGAAACAGUCUGAAGAUGGCUCUGAAAAAGACCUUGAAGAAAAUGGUCUCGAAAAAGAUUUUGAUGAGGAGAGCUCUGAAAAGGAGCUUCAUGAAAACCUUCUUGACAAAGAGUUAGAAGGAAAUGACUCUGAAAAAUCAGAAUUUGAAGACAAUGGCUCUGAAAAAGUGCUAGAUGAAGGCUCUGAAAGGGAGUUUGAUGAAGAUUCUGAUGAAAAGGAAGAAGAGGAAGAUACAUAUGAAAAAGUAUUUGAUGGUGAGUCUGAUGGAAAAGAGGAUGAAGAAGAUGGAGAUGAAAAAGGGCCUGAAGAUGCCGAAGAAAAGGAAGAUGAUGAUGCAGAUGAAAAGCUGUUUGAAGAUUCAGAUGAAAGGGAAGACGAAGAAGAUGCGGAUGUAAAGGAAGAUGAAGGCAUAGAUGAAAAGUUGUUUGAAGAUGAUGAUACCAACGAGAAAUUAUUUGAUGAUGAGGAUUCCAACGAGAAGCUAUUCGAUGAUUCUGAUGAGAGGGGGACUUUGGGUGGUUUAGGGAAUGUUAAGGAAGAAGAGCCCCUGUCCACAGGGAGCAGCUUUGUCCUCAGUAGUGAUGAUGAUGAUGAUGAUAUUUAAUCCAAUAAAUUCGCUUUUUAGGGAGAGUCCUCCAUCUACUUUUGCCUGUGCUUCAGGGUAAUUGCUAGUAGUGUUACAUGAACAUGUGCAUAGUGGUAGGACGCUAUCCGAUUCUUGCAUUGAUGUUUUUCAUUGUUACCUGUACCGAAUAAUUUAAAAUAUAUGUUAAUUGACUGUUUAGUUAAAACUUCAUAGUUAAAACGCAGAUCAACUGGAUACUUGUCCUUUUGUCAGAUUUGUUAAAUGCAUGCAGAAUAAUAUUUUUUAAAGUAUUCUGAUUGAAGUUUGUGAUAUUCAGAAAUAAAAAUAAGUUGAUAAUAUGCCGAAACUAAAAGUUGAACUUGAGUUAAAUUGCAUUUCAAAUUUGUGCUAUUGCUUUAUUUAUACAAAAGUUUUGUUUUUCUAGGGACUUGAAAAACUCCAUAGGAGUCUCCUUGGUUCUGGCUUAUGUUACCAUUAUGUCCCCAUUUCCUCUGUUUAACCCAGAACAUGUUCCUCAACUCAGAAAUGACAGGUUGUUGUUGUUGUUGUUUUUCCCCCUGCCCAAUCCUUACAAGUUAACAUUUGUGGGAGUUUUUUUCAUACUCCCUUUCCAUUAAAAUUGAUUCUUAAAUGUGUGAAAGUGAGCCUUGUGUGGUCCACAGUUUCCAUUAUUGUUGAAAAUAUAGACAAGGAGAUGAGAAUUCUAUUGGAUUCUGUUUCUUAGCCUCUUUGGACCUCUUAAAUUAAUUAAAGCUAUGGGACCUCUCCCCAGAAAGAUGAACUUAACAUGCACCACACAACUUCUUGUGUACAGUUUGAGGAAGUUCAUGGAUUUGAAGUUUAAGUAAACAUUUGUCAUGCAUACUUGAGCUGCUUAUUUUUGUUGUAGAAUUAUGAUGCUAAGUACUAUGCGGAGUUGUGUAGUCCCAGUAAACUUGUAACUCUUUCUUCAUUGUGCAUUUCAAAUUCAGUAUUGACAGAUUUACUUAUUUACUAUUAAGAAAGUCUCAUAAAUUAGAAACAUUAAAAUAAACUGUGUUGGUGCUCUUUCA